AUGGACAUGCGCACCACAGCUGUUCCUCCGCCCAGCAAUCUGACGAUAACGUGCCACAACACCACGGUCAUUGCGCACUGGGAUUUCUUCGGGAACGAACCAGACGGCUUCCUGGUCAGCAUGGAAAAGGAGUGGGAAAUCCCGGCGCAGCGCCGCUAUGCGAACCUCAGCGACACAGUGUGGAAGUCGCUAGAUAGCGCUUUGGCUGUGCACGAACUCACCGUGGUGGCCAAGGCAUCCAGCGGGAGGCGGUCGAAAAAUACCUCCGUCGCCUUCACGUACAGCGACGAAAGGAUGGCUACCAUCAAAUGCAAGUUGGACUUUCCUCCCGUGGACGUAAAGGCGAUCGAGGAGGGCGUCGCGGUCAGCUUCCGCAAUCCGCUUCACUACUACACGCGACUGUGGCGCGCCCCCUGGCGCCAGGACAUCUCCUUACACUUCAUCGUCAAGUCUGAUACGGCGCGUAAGGAUACUUCCUGCCGUAACGAGGACAGCACUUGCAAGGUGGACGUCACGUUGACCCCAGGGUCUGCCAAGUGCGUCACAGUGGAGGGAAGCAUGGAGUCUCUGAUGGGUCGUCCCGUGGUCUUCAGUGCGUCGCCACGGAUCUGUGCCGAAGCCACAAGCAAUCUCAACCUGAUGCCGCUGAUUGUCGUGGUCCUCCUCCUCUUGCUGGUUAUUUUGGUAGUGGCCCUCUACAAGGUCAGGUUGUACAUCAAGAAAGCUGAAAAGCCCCAGUUGCCCAAGUGCCUUCAUCCAAAUUACGGUGUCAACAGCCUUAUCAGUCGCAGUUACCGGACAGACAUUCGCCACGUGGCGGACGCUGACAACAGGAGAGUCCCGCUCAUCUCCACAGGAGAUGAAAAAUCCUCUGGCGUUUCAACAGAGAUAGAAAGCCUUCAGUUCUCACUAGAUGAUCAGGAAGAGGAAGUACAAAUUUUGAAAGUUGAAAUACACGGUGAAGAUGAAGAAGUACCAAUUCCGGAGGUGGAAGAGGAAGUACAGGAGGAAGAUGAGAAAGAGGAGGAACCCCCUGUCUCCAAUUAUGACUCUCGGCAUGUGCACAUGACAGUAAAUAUGGGUGAUGAACUGGCUUUGGGUUACGCCGAAGGGUAA